AUGACAGUGAAAUACACUUCAACAAAUACGGAUCAAGUUAAAUUAAAUCUUGAGCAUUAUAAUUUGUGGACAAGAGUUCAAGUUUACAAUGAUCACAUACUAAGUGGUUUACCUCCAGCUAAAUUAACAUCUUCAGACUUACCAAAUAAAAAAGAAUGGAUAGUAUGCAAAAAUUUAAGAAAUACUAAAUUAUCUAUUCAUGAUGUUAAUAAUUGGUUUGAGGAAAUUAAAGGAAUUAUUAAAAAUGAUGAAAAUAACGUUAAUGAUGAAGUUGAUGGAAUUACCGAUAAAAUACGGAACGAACAAUUGGAUGAUAAUGAAAAUAACGAAACAAAUAAUGAAACUAAUGAGGAUAAAAUGAAAGAUACAAAUGAAAAAACAAAUGAAAAAACAAAUAAUGACGAUAAUAAUGAUGAUACGAUAACAAAAUGGGAUAAUUUAAAAUAUAUAAAUGGUAAAGGAAGGCCAAAUAGAAUUACAAUUGCAUUAAUUAAUGAUGAUGGAACUAUAGUUUAUUAUUUUAUUUAUGAUGGAAUAACAAAACCAAGACAAAAUUGA